AGGAUGAAAAUACGACGCUUCAAGGCUCUGCUGUUCUUCUCUGUGGGCCUGUGUGUGGUGUCCUUCUUGCACUACUAUAAAGCCCUUAACCAAAUACCUAUGCUCAAAGAACUUUCUAACUCCCCUGCAAACCUAAAGCACUUGGCCGCCUUAAGUCGCUUCCUGUGGAAAGAGAAGUUCACUGGAGGACAUGACAUCUCUAAGAAUGCAGCCCCUGGGGUUCAAAGUCAGGCCUUCUUGGUGUGGAGACCGAGUGGUGUAAAGAGCCAGAGACCUGUGGAGGAUACAGGGAUGUUUCCACAGAUUCCUCCGGAACCGUCAAGGCCAAUGGGUGAUCUUCACCUACGCACUUUUCAACUCAAAGAGGACACCACAAGUUACUUUGCACGAACCAAAUCUGGGCGAAUGUGCUUCCGGAAAGGAACAAAAACAUCCACCAAGAAAGACAAUUUGGGAGAGAGCCAACCCAAGGAAAGCUAUGCAAGCCGGCGAGCACUUCUUGCAGUCCAAUCAGGAAACAGGAGCUUGGGCCCAGCAUGGAAUUCAUCUGUUUUAGCAAAGAGAUCAGUGAGAUGCAGGUGUCUUCAAGGCUGGCACGGCUACCACUGCGGAAUCCCGACUGUGGUCCAACAUUCAAACCUGCCCACCAAGAGCAGGCUGGCGCCGCGGGAAGUUCCCCGUCGAGUCAUCAACGCCAUCAACGUCAACCAUGAGUUGGACCUGCUCCACGCUCGCUUCCACGAGCUGGCUGAUGUGGUGGACCUCUUCCUGAUCUGUGAGUCCAAUUUUACAGCGUACGGUGCACGUCGUAGGCUGAUUUUUUUUGAGCAGCUGAUGAACGGGACCUUCGACUACGUGCGGCACAAGAUCCUCUAUGUUUUCCUUGACCACUUCCCUGAGGGUGGCAAGCAGAACGGCUGGAUCGCUGAUGACUACCUGCGCACCUUCCUCUCGAAAAAUGGCUUGUCCCGUGUGCAUGGUGCGCGGCCGGAUGACGUCUUCAUCAUCAACGACGCGGACGAGAUCCCGGUGUGGGAGGGCAUCCUCUUCCUCAAGCUCUUCGAUGGCUGGACAGAACCAUUUGGCCUGCACCUGCGCAAGUCCAUCUACGGAUUCUUCUGGAGGCAGCUGGGCACCCUGGACGUGCUGUCGGGCUGCACAGUCGGGAUGCUCUUUGCCGUAUACAAAGGCAACGGGAUCCUGUUGCGACGACGCGAGUACUACUCCAUGCCUGAUUUCCGCAGUUACGAGUCUAACACGGGACAUAUUCUGAUCCCCUGGUCGAUCGGGAGUCCCGUUCACGAGGCCGGCUGGCACUGCUCUUGGUGUUUCAAGCCCGAGGGCAUCUACUACAAACUCAUCUCGGCGCAAAACGGCGACUUCCCACGGUGGGGGGACUUUGAGGAGAAACGUAAGCUCAGCUACAUCCGCGAGCUGAUACGAACUGGAGGCUGGUUCGACGGGUCAGUGUCAGAAUACCCACCCACAGACCCCAGAGAACACAUGUACGCUCCCAAAUACUUUUUGGACAAUUAUGACCAGUAUGAGUACUUGCUGAGGAACCUCUAUACAGAGAAAAAAGACUGGAUGGUGACUCACUGAGAAGAGACAGUCAGAUUUUUCACUUUGCCUUUGAGGUUUCGGGAAUGAUUCGACACCCCAUACCAAUGGUCGUUCUUUUGCUACAUUGGUUUGCAUCUUAGUUAAUGAAGGAUCAGGCUUACUGUUAACCCUUUUAUGGUUAGGUUAGUGCACUGGAAGUAUACUUUUGUGAAUCGGAUUCUCUCAGGUUGGUUGAUGUAUGUAGAAGUGAUAUAGAAGUUAUUUUGUUAUUUCCCCGAUAACUCUCCAUGUCUUGUCCCAUGUGUAGUGAAAUACUGAAGGCCUAAACUCUCUAAAUGAGUCAGGAUGCUGUCCGACUGGGUGAAAAAUGACAAUACCACAGCAACAGCUAGGGGCUAUUCAGAUUCCCCAUUUCGGGCCAAGUGGCUCAGACUGGAAUCAGAGAGGCCUGAAUCUGAGACCUGUUUCUCAGUAACCGAUCGGCCCAGCAUCUGGAGAUCAAUUGGCAUAUUACUAAGCUGCACCCUUCCUGCGUGUGGUCUUUCACUUCCAGCCACUGUGUCACCAGUGGGUCACAUAAGGUUUUUUUUUCCUUUUUGAGGAAUCAUGGCUAGCAGCCAACCUCAAAGGGCCAUGCUGGCCCGUCUCAAUACCCAGCACAACAGUGUGCCUGUAAUGCUGUGAUACCAGAGAUAGUCUCAUAGAAAGGGCUUUGAAACCCAAUCGGUGGUCAGGAGCUGUUAACAGGGGGAAUACAGGGACAAAGUGAGUGAAGAGAAGGA